AUGGUAGCUGAGGGCCCCGUAUCGGAGGGUGACGCCUCUGGGGGCCCCUCUGGGAGCCCAUUUGGGGGGCCCCAGACCCAGUUGAAACGUCGGAUGGCCCUUGCGCAGUAUUUGCUGUAUCAGGUGCGGAGCAGCAGAGCGGCGCACUACCCCGAAACGAGCAAAGAUGGGGGUCACCCACGGGGUGCCCCUGCAGAGGGCACAGGAGACAGUGCAGCAGAUAUUGCGGCUGCUGGGGCUGAGGGCCUCGCGGACGCUUUAGACCCUUCCGUGUCUGUCUGUACCCUGCUUGAGUCUAUCUGUGGCUCUCCUUCUGCUGGGGUCGAUGGAGCGCCAUCUGCAGGAGCAGAAGCAGCAGGAACAAUAGCAGCGACAGCUCCUUCUUGGGGGGCUUUGGCUCGCGAGACUGUUGCUGCUGUAGGCAGGCCCCCCCACGAGGCCCUCGAGCUGUACCUGUGUGAGCGGCUGCUGCCGCUGCUGGACAGCGGUUUGGCGGCGCUGUGCAGCUUUGUGGAGCAGCUGCAGGCGGAUGAGCGUCAGUACGAGCAGAGUCUGCUGCUUCAGCAGCAGCAGCAGCAACAGCAGCAGCAGCAGGAAUCAACUACAAAUGGCCCUUCUCUCUUUCUGGGUCAGGGCCUUAAAGACCGCUUUGAUCCUCUCGUUUGGCUUGCGCAGUAUUUGCUGCGUCAGGGAAAGGCAGCAGAGGCGUACGAGAAGGCCUGCUGCGCCUCCAACGCAGGAGCACCAGCAGCAGCAACAACAGCAACAACAGCAGCAGCAGCAGCAGCAAACUCGUGCGUCCGAGGUGAACAUCUGCGGCACUCCGAGCUGCCAUUUUACUUAGCAAUGGCUGCAGAGGUCCGUGAGGAGAGGGGCUGGAGGGCAUUCGAGGCGCUCAGGCCCCAGGCCGAGCGUUGCGUCUACAACUACCUACAAGAGCUGCAACAGCAGCUGGAGCAGCAGGAGCAGCUGGAGCAGCAGGAACAGCUGGAGCAGGAGGAGCAGCAGGAGCAGCAGGAGCAGCUGGAGCAGCAGGAGCAGCAGGAUAAAGACCAGGGGUCUGCUCAGACACAGGACCAGCAACAGCAGGAGGAGGAGGAGGAGAAACAGCAGCAACAACAGGAGCAGGAGGAGGAGCAGCCGCAGCAGGAGCCCUGCAGACUGACAGCAGAAGACCUUCCGGCGGUGCUGCAGGCAUUAGAUGCAGCGUGGGGCCUCGAUGAGCAGCAGGGGCUGUUUGCUGCUGUUGCCGCAGCUGACGACGACACCGAGACAGAGGGUUCCAGCCUCCCUAGCAGCAGCAGGAGCGGCAGAUUCUCCGCCAGACAGCUGCAUUUUCACCCCCGCAGCAGUCACAGAAGCAGCAAUAGCAGCAGCGGCAGCAACACCAGCAGCAGCAGCAGCAGCAGCAGCAUCGUGGGGGCCUGCAGCAGCGUGCCUCUGGAGGUUGCAGAUGGCAGCAACAUAACAUUUGCUGAGCUGUGGGCAUUCAUCUCUGCCUGCUUACAGGCCUGUACCCCCCUCAAGCAGGCCGUCUUCCAGUACGCACUCAAGGCCUGCAGCAGCACAACAACGCAGCAGCAGCGACAAGAGCAGCAACAACAGCAAGAGGAAGAGGCACAGCAGCAAGAACAGCAGGAAGAGCAGCAGCCAGAGAAACCACAGCAGCAGCAGCAGGAAGCGGAGGAGGGACAGCAGCCUGUUGCACCACCUCCGCUCAGGCUAAGGGAGACCGAAGGCAAGAACGAUGACUCAGAAGAGGAACAGCAGCAGCAGGAGCAGUAG